GGAGCGGGCAGCGCGCGGGGCUGCGGCACCCACCGGGCGGCCGGCGGCGGGACCGCGCCCGGGGUGCGCACCGGGACCCCCCCAAACCCUGCCAGCACCCCCCCCCACCCCCCCCGGCAUCUCGCUCCGGGGCCCGGCGCCGGCCGCACCGCACCGGGACCCCGCGCUGGGACCCCGCUUCGCACCGGGCCCCGGCUCCGGCAUCGCUGCCCGCCCGCCCGCCCGCCGGCGGGGUCCCGGCGCUUCCCGGGACGGAGUGGAGGCAGGUGCAGGACAGAGGAGAGGGGUCCCAAUGUCCCCGCUGCCCUGCCAGAGGAGGGGAAGCCGAAAGCUGUGAUCUCUCCUUCCCAGCAGCGCGGUGAAGCCCAGGACAUGGCUGCGAGUCGCCAAACUGUGACGGGGUGACGCUGUCCUGCUGCCUGCCUGGCCCCAUCCCCACCCCACUGCCAGCACCACCACUGCCCACUUUGUCCCCUGCCAAUGCCGACGGGUGGAAGCUGCCCACCCGAUCGCUGUGCUGGCAUCCCAAGCGUGGGGCCGAGCUGCGGGGCCCGCUUUUUCCCGUGGGACAGUGGCAAUGGGGGCUGCCCUCUCCACCGGAGCGGUCGUGGCUAUUUCUUUUAACUGUGUCAUUGCGUUGCUCAUCCUCAUCCUUUUCCUCAUCCUCUGCAAGGCCUGCAGGACCCCCUCGUGCCCCAAAAAGAGCCCGGCUUCUGAUGCGGAUGAGGCAAGGAACGAAGAGAAGUACCUGCUGCAGCCCUGAGCUGCCUGGGGACUUGGGCGCCCAGCUGUGCCAAAGGAGUUGGCGCCAGCCUGGGUGCCUGUGCUGGGACCGGGGUGCUGGACGGGGCACAAUGAGAGCAGAGGGGGUGCCGGGCUGCCCACAGGGGCUGUGACACAGGGCACAGCCCUCCGCCGGCGUGGUGUUGGUGUGUGGAGCCCCUGCGGAGGCCCACAGUGACCAUGGGGAUGGAGCAACAGCAGCCAGGGACAUGCUACGGGGACAAUUCCUCGUGUCCCAGUGGCCAGAAAGCACAGCCGGAGCCCUGCCCUCGAGUGUACCUUGUGUUUGGGGACAGCCCGUGGGCUCCUCCCUGGCACUUGUGGCCCAGGCCAGUGGCCACUGCAUCGCAGACCUGAGCGGGGCCAGAUGGGGGGCUCAGAGGGGAUGCAGCAGGGCUGGCAUGGGCAUCUGUUCCCGAGGGGUCUGACUGCCCCAUAUGGUGGGAUGUGCCCCGGGGGAGGGACCCCAGCAGCCCUGGCACCACUGGCAGAGUCGGGUGUUACCAGUCCGGGUGUCUUUGGGGAUGGCCCUGGGGUGCUUUGUGCCCCCAGCCUUAAAUGGGCAUUUGGCACCCGUCUGCCCCGACAGCCAAUUUAAAUGAGCCACAAGAGGGUCUGCAUGGUCUGUCCGUUCAUCCCCGGUCUGUCUGUCAAUCCCCUCCAGCAUUAGCACCAACACUGCUAGGCAAACUUACCUCCUCCUCACCGGGCGUGUGUCCCUGCCUGCUCUCCUGCCUGCUCUCCUGCCUGUUCCCAGCCAAGGCUAGUUGGUGGGGUUUGAUCUGCCUGCAGGCAGCAGAUGUGCCCCCGUUGGCAUCCCCGUCCUUGCUGACAGCAGUCAGGGAUGGCUUUUUGCUGGGGAGCUGGGAGACAGGGGGAGAUGAGGGUGCCCGGACAAACAGCAUUUCCAGCCCUAUUCCUCCCCAGGAACCACAGUGGCUCUGAGGGGAGGAAGGCUGGUCAUCUGGCUUGUCCCCAAGCCUGGCAGCUGCAUUCCCCCACCUUGCCUGCAGGUGCUGUGGGUUUUGGACCUCUCUGCCCUGCCCAUCCUACAGCUGAGCAAUAGCCAAGGCCCCCGCUGGCACAGCCGCUGCAGUAAGGGGAUAGAGGGGGUGGGCUGUGCUGGGAGGGAACUUGCACAGGGUCCCUGCGCAGGCUUGGCCAGGCCCGGCAGAGCCUGCGGUUCCUCCCCAUGUCAGGUGUAGCUAACGCAUCCCUUUGCAGCGUUGUUUUUACUAGACUAAUAAACUGAUCAUAGGACCCAG